AUGGCUUCGUCAGGACUUGGAAGUCCUGCUAGGAAACUUUGCAAGAAGAACGCUGAGCAGAAAGCAACUUGGGCAAAGACACAUGGCACUGACGAGGGCUUGCGGGAGCACAAUAGGUCGCCGCAGAAACAGAGGAGCAACGGAAGCUUCGAUCCGUUUGCCUCCGAGGUGUCCGCGACCAUGCAAGCCUCCGAGCUGGACGUGCUGCAGCCAUUGCUUCACAAUUUCUCACUGUUUGAAAAAUGUUCCUUGAGCCUGAAGGAUUUGCUGCGUUUUCAGACCUUGACGGAAAGUGAGUUGGCCUGUGCUAUGUCUGACGUCUUUCGUGGUUUGGCCUUUGUCCACAAGCACGGGGUAUUGCACCGCGACCUGACUGAUGGCAACCUGCUUAUUGCGGAGGGCGGCCUUCGUGUUGUCCUCGCUGACUUCGAUUUGUCAGUGGAAACCCAAGGAUCUAGCCAAGUGCCAUGGACGUGCGGCACACCAGGCUUCAUGGCUCCGGAGGUUCUCAAGAAUGGCAGAGGCUGCGCUAAAAGCGACAUUUUUGGCGCUGGCGUGAUCGCGUUUUCAGCUGCAUGUGGCAAGCAUCCGUUUUGGCGAGAAGACAUACAAGACGUACAGGACGCAGCAAGGGCAACUCUUCAUGACGAGCCAGACUUUUGGGGCGGGCACGUGCUUCGGCGCAGCUCCAAAUGUCUCGGUUUCGUCGAGCAGCUGUUGCAAAAACAGGUGGAUGAUCGCCCCACUGCCAAGCAAGCUCUUUGUGAUCCAUGGCUCCUAAGUGGAGCUGCAUCUUCCAAUCUUUGUGCUGCAAUGGAGAGGUACAACAAAGUUCGGUCUGAAGAGGACAUGGAGGAGGAGCAAGAGGAGAUUCCAAGGACACGCAGUAUCUUUCGCCGUGCAGUUCACGCUUUGCUUUCCUCUACAAGAACAUCUGAAACAAAGCCGAGCAAGGACUCCGUCCAGUCUGGCCGGUCCGUCCGGUCCGUCCGGUCCGCCGGAAGCUUCUGGUGGGAGCCCAAGAAGCUGCUGUGGGUUUGGAGUUAG